AUCCUGCCCGAGGCCGAGGCGCGCCUGGGCCAGGCCGGCUUCAUGCAGCGCCAGUUCGGGGCCAUGCUCCAGCCCGGGGUCAACAAAUUCUCCCUGAGGAUGUUCGGCAGCCAGAAAGCCGUGGAGCGCGAGCAAGAGAGGGUUAAGUCGGCCGGCUUCUGGAUCAUCCACCCCUACAGCGACUUCAGAUUUUACUGGGACCUGACCAUGCUGCUGCUGAUGGUGGGAAACCUGAUCAUCAUUCCUGUGGGCAUCACCUUCUUCAAGGAUGAGAACACCACACCUUGGAUUGUCUUCAACGUGGUGUCAGACACGUUCUUCCUCAUCGACUUGGUCCUCAACUUCCGCACUGGGAUCGUGGUGGAGGACAACACAGAGAUCAUCCUGGACCCACAGCGGAUUAAGAUGAAGUAUCUGAAGAGUUGGUUUGUGGUAGAUUUCAUCUCCUCCAUCCCUGUGGACUAUAUCUUCCUCAUUGUAGAGACACGCAUCGACUCGGAGGUCUACAAGACGGCCCGAGCCCUGCGCAUCGUCCGCUUCACCAAGAUCCUCAGCCUCCUGCGCCUCUUACGUCUUUCCCGCCUCAUUCGAUACAUUCACCAGUGGGAAGAGAUCUUCCACAUGACCUACGACCUGGCCAGCGCUGUGGUCCGCAUUGUGAACCUCAUCGGUAUGAUGCUGCUGCUGUGCCACUGGGAUGGCUGUCUGCAGUUCCUGGUCCCCAUGCUGCAGGACUUCCCAGAUGACUGCUGGGUGUCCAUCAACAACAUGGUGAACAACUCGUGGGGGAAGCAGUACUCCUACGCUCUGUUCAAGGCCAUGAGCCACAUGCUCUGUAUCGGGUACGGACGGCAGGCGCCCGUGGGCAUGUCCGACGUCUGGCUGACCAUGCUCAGCAUGAUUGUGGGCGCCACCUGCUAUGCCAUGUUCAUCGGCCAUGCCACUGCCCUCAUCCAGUCCCUGGACUCCUCCCGGCGCCAGUACCAGGAAAAGUAUAAGCAGGUGGAGCAGUACAUGUCCUUCCACAAGCUGCCACCCGACACGCGGCAGCGCAUCCAUGACUACUACGAGCACCGCUACCAGGGCAAGAUGUUUGACGAGGAGAGCAUCCUGGGGGAGCUGAGUGAGCCACUGCGGGAGGAGAUCAUCAACUUCAACUGCCGGAAGCUGGUGGCCUCCAUGCCACUGUUUGCCAACGCAGACCCCAACUUCGUGACGUCCAUGCUGACCAAGUUGCGCUUCGAGGUCUUCCAGCCUGGGGACUACAUCAUCCGCGAGGGCACCAUUGGGAAGAAGAUGUACUUCAUCCAGCACGGCGUGGUCAGCGUGCUCACCAAGGGCAACAAGGAGACCAAGCUGGCCGACGGCUCCUAUUUUGGAGAGAUCUGCCUGCUGACCCGGGGCCGGCGCACGGCCAGCGUGAGGGCUGAUACCUACUGCCGCCUGUACUCGCUGAGCGUGGACAACUUCAACGAGGUGUUGGAGGAGUACCCCAUGAUGCGGCGGGCCUUCGAGACUGUGGCGCUGGACCGGCUGGACCGCAUUGGCAAGAAGAACUCCAUCCUCCUGCACAAAGUCCAGCACGACCUCAACUCGGGCGUCUUCAACUACCAGGAGAACGAGAUCAUCCAGCAGAUCGUGCAGCACGACCGCGAGAUGGCCCACUGUGCCCACCGCGUCCAGGCUGCCGCCUCCGCCACCCCGACCCCCACGCCCGUCAUCUGGACCCCGCUGAUCCAGGCACCGCUGCAGGCCGCUGCGGCCACCACCUCUGUGGCCAUUGCCCUCACCCACCACCCCCGCCUGCCUGCUGCCAUCUUCCGGCCGCCCCCGGGAUCCGGGCUGAGCAACCUCGGGCCCCCGCUGCCGGGGACCCGGGGGGGCCUGGGACUCCUGGAGCACUUCCUGCCGCCCCCACCCUCAUCCAGGUCCCCAUUGUCCAGCCCUGGGCAGCUGGGCCAGCCUCCUGGGGAGCUGUCCCCAGGUCUGGCCACUGGCCCGCCCAGCACACCAGAAACUCCUCUGAGGCAGCCUGAGCAGCCAGCCUUCAUGGCAGGGGCCUCUGGGGGGGCUUCCCCUGUCACCUUUCCCCCCCGGGGAGGCCUCAGCCCCCCUGGCCACAGCCCCGGCCCCCCGAGAACUUUCCCAAGCGCCCCACCCCGGGCCUCUGGUUCUCAUAGCUCCUUGCUCCUGCCUCCGGCAUCCAGCCCCCCACCACCCCAAGUCCCCCAGCGCCGGGGCACACCCCCACUCACCCCAGGCCGCCUCACCCAGGACCUCAAGCUCAUCUCCGCCUCUCAGCCCGCCCUGCCCCAGGACGGGGCACAGACUCUCCGUAGAGCCUCCCCACACUCCUCAGGGGAGUCUGUGGCUGCCUUCCCGCUCUUCCCCAGGGCCGGGGGCGGUGGCGGAGGCAGCGGGGGCCUCGGCCUGCCCGGGAGGCCCUAUGGUGCCAUCCCUGGCCAGCACGUCACUCUGCCUCGGAAGACAUCCUCAGGUUCUCUGCCACCCCCUCUUUCUUUCUUUGGGGCAAGAGCCGCCUCUUCUGGGGGACCCCCUCUGACUGCUGCACCCCAGAGAGAACCGGGGGCCAGGUCUGAGCCAGUGCGCUCCAAACUGCCGUCCAACCUAUGA